GAAAAGCGGAAGGGAAGCCGGACGGACCGGAAGAGGGGCGCAGAGGGGCGGAAGGGAAUGUUGUCGCCAGUGGGGUCUUCAGGUCCCUGUUGCUGCGGGAGCUACACUUUAAGGAGCAUGUCUUGGCGAACCCUAGCAGUCACUGUGUAAUGGACUUUAGCGCUUCUUCACUAGAAUUCCAGACGGCGACCCGCGGGGCUUCGGCGGCACUGUCCGUGUGAGGCCCUGCCGCAGGCCCACUGCCCUGUGCUGGGCGCAGGUACGCUGUUCAGAGCGACGCAGAGCCUUUUGCCCGGUGAGGGAAGGUGAUGGAAAAAGAAAUGGCAAGUCUUUUGAAGACGUCGCCUAACGCUGUAAAGAAAAAAUUCCUGCAUCAGAUAGGAUUGUCACUUUAUAAUACUUCUCAUGGCUUCCAUGAAGAAGAAGUGAAAAAAAAACUUGAACAGUUGCCUGGUGGAUCCAUUGACCUUCAGAAGGAAGACAAUGGCAUUGGCAUUCUUACUCUGAACAAUCCAAGCAAAAUGAAUGCCUUCUCAGGUGUUAUGAUGCUACAACUUCUGGAAAAAGUGAUUGAAUUGGAAAAUUGGACAGAGGGGAAAGGCCUCAUUGUCCGUGGGGCAAAAAAUACUUUUUCCUCAGGAUCUGAUCUGAAUGCUGUGAAAGCACUAGGAACUCCAGAGGAUGGAAUGGCCGUAUGCAUGUUCAUGCAAAACACCUUAACACGAUUUAUGAGACUUCCUUUAAUAAGUGUUGCACUGGUUCAAGGUCGGGCAUUGGGUGGAGGAGCAGAAGUUACUACAGCAUGUGAUUUCAGGUUAAUGACUACAAAGAGUGAGAUCAGAUUUGUCCACAAGGAGAUGGGCAUAAUACCAAGCUGGGGCGGUGCCACCCGGCUGGUUGAGAUCAUCGGCAGUAGACAAGCUCUCAAAGUAUUAAGUGGGGCCCUUAAGCUGGAUUCAGAAAAAGCAUUACAUAUAGGAAUGGUGGACGACAUCUUGCCAUCUUCAGAUGAAACCGAAUGUCUCAAAGAAGCACAAGAGUGGCUACAGCAGUUUAUCAAAGGGCCACCAGAAGUAAUCAGAGCUUUGAAAAAAUCUGUUUCUUCAUGCAAAGAGCUUUGUUUAGAGGAGGCAUUACAGAGUGAGAGAGAUCUUCUAGGAACAGUUUGGGGUGGACCAGCAAAUUUAGAGGCUGUUGCUAGGAAGGGAAAGUUUAAUAAAUAAUUUUUAAAAAUACACCAGAUCAGAUCAGUUGCUCAGUCCUGACUGACUGACUGUGAGACCCCAUGAAUCGCAGCACGCCAGGCCUCCCUGUCCAUCACCAACUCCCGGAGUUCACUGAGACUCAACGCCCAUUGAGUCAGUGAUGCCGUCCAGCCAUCUCAUCCUCUGUCGUCCCCUUCUCCUCCUGCCCCCAAUCCCUCCCAGCAUCAGAGUCUUUUCCAAUGAGUCAACGCGCAAGUUAAAACCCCAAUGAUUAAUAUGGAUAAAAGUUGAAUGAUACCAAAUAUGAAUGUCAAAACUACUUAGAAGGUAGUAUUAGUAAUUUGCAGUAUAACAACUGUUUGACUACUUGAACUCAGUUGGCCUAGUUUCAGUUUAUUCAGGUAGUUGCUAAGUAAUUCUGAACCUCUAACUAAAAUACACAACACUUUGGGCUUAAACAUAAUCAUUAAUUCCCCGAUUCCCAUGAUAGUUAUUAGGCUAUAACCAAAGACUAGUUUUUGAAAGGAAAAACUACACAAAACCUAUUCCUGGUGUUCUUUCUCACAAAGUCUUUGUCUUGUCUUAACCUGGAAAUAAUUUACAAAAAUAAUGUAAUGAAGCUAAGAGAACAAAAUUGGAAAGGGGUCAGGGGACAGGAAGAUAUCCAAAGUUAUGAUUUGUCCUUUUCUUCCCCUCCAUGCAGCUGCAUUAAAGAAGUCAUGGACUGGCCCUUCUUUUAAGGAUGCUCCUCACCCCACCCUUCUACAUACUUGGACCUUAUUUGAUGUUUCAAAUAAUUACUUUCUAUUUUUGGUUAUCUAUGAAACAAUGAUGGCCACCAUACAAAAAGUCUGUUGAUUCUACAAAACUGGCCAGUUCAUUUGUAUGCACCAGAAUUUCCAAGCUAGCAAUUACUACAGUUUAUGUAGUCUAAUUUUCUUUGAUCAGAGACUCAUGAAGCAUUGUUACACAUGAAUCAGAUUUCUAUUUUUUUUCCUAAGUAGCCAUCUUCUUUUAUAACUAGCUGUAUUUAAAAGUAAAUUUAAUAAUGGAUGACAAACUUUUAUGAUCUUAGUAAUACAGACUUAAAAAAAAAUCUAAGUCAAUUAAGUCCUAAUCUUACCACAAGAGGUAAAAGGUGAUUUUAUUAAUGACAGUUUAUAUCUGCCAUUGUAACAUUCAAUUCACAUGUGAUAAAUUGUAUUAAAGACAACUUGCAUAUGCUUCAUCAA